AUGGUUUCCAGUUCUACUGUUAUUAUCGUGGCCGUGGUCGGGUUCGUGAUCGAGGCGCUGCUCGUCUGCACCACCUGUGUGCUGCUCUACCUCGCGUUUUUCUCAAAAAAGAGAAAGCCGCCGAUGGCGGUGAAGCAGGCGAAUCCCGACGGCGGCCUGGAGAAGCCGAGCAAAAUUGUGAUUGUAAACCCCGAACCCGACGGUGCCCAGGAGGCGAUGAACAAGCUGCUCGACGAAAAAAGCCAAACCGACCAGACGGCGCCCGAAACCAACGAAAAGCCGGUGGCAGCUAAUGCAAACCCCCGCAUGUUCAUCGGCCAGAUCCCGGGGCACAGCAAGCAAGCGACGGUGGAAGCGACGAAAGAGCAGACCGGCCAGACCGAACAGACCGAGGGCGCC